AUGCCCUCCAAGCGACUCAAGCGCGAGUCCUCGUCUCCCUCAGCAGCCGGUACCGCUAAAAAGGCAAAGACCCCCAAGACGAACGGUUCCGGCUCAUCAGAUGCUUUGCGCCGACCACAUCACAAAGCCCAGGAGGCCGAAGAGAACGGGAUCGCAAUCCGAAAAUUCUAUCCGGCAGAAAUGAGCAAUGCGCGAGCUCGCGCCUACAACGACAACGAAAUUCCCCGCCCGAUUGAGGUCCUGGUUGAUGCUCUCGAGGUCACGGCAAAGGAGCGCAAAAGUAUCGAUGUCAAGGAUGCCGUUGUUCACUGGUUCAAAAUGGAUUUGAGAAUAUCAGACAACAGAGCCUUGGCUCUGGCGAGUGACAAGGCGAAAGAAGCGGGAGUUCCAUUGAUUGCUCUGUACAUCAUCAGCCCACAAGACUACGAGGCCCAUGUGAGAGCCCCGGUGCGAAUCGACUUUAUGUUACGGACACUUUCAGUUAUCAAGGAAGACCUCGCGAAGCUCGAUAUCCCGCUGUAUGUAGAGACAGUCGAGAAGAGGAAGCAUCUCCCCGAUCGAAUACUGGAGCUCAUGGAUGAAUGGGGCGCAAGUCAUUUGUAUGCCAACAUGGAGUACGAGGUUGAUGAACUGCGAAGAGAGGCCGCGAUGAUCAAGGAUUUUGCAGAAAAUGGCAAAGCAUUCGAAGUCGUCCACGACACCUGCAUUGUCCCUCCAGGGGAGCUUCAUACUGGUGCUGGAAAACAAUAUGCAGUCUAUACUCCAUGGUUAAAGACAUGGAUUGCUCAUAUCCACGAGAAUCUCGACCUAUUGGAGCUGUAUGAGCCGCCUGAGAAGAACCCGGACAGCGCGCGCAAGAAGUUCAAAAAGCUGUUUAACGUUGAAAUUCCUGAAGCACCCAAGAGCAAACGACUUGGCGACGGGGAGAAGGAGCGCUUACGCUCGCUGUGGCCAUGCGGAGAGCAUGAGGCAAAGAAGCGCCUAGGCAAAUUUUGCGAAGAGAGGAUUGGGAACUACCAUGAGAAGAGGAACAUACCAGCUGAUGCAGCCACUUCCUCACUAUCGGUCCAUCUAGCGUCUGGGACAAUCAGUGCGAGAACGUGUGUGCGAACCGCGCGUGACAGGAACAAGACCAAGAAAUUGAAUGGAGGCAACGAUGGUAUCCAGACAUGGAUUAGCGAAGUUGCAUGGCGAGACUUUUACAAGCAUGUUCUUGUCAACUGGCCCUAUGUCUGUAUGAACAAGCCUUUUAAGCCGGAAUACUCAAACAUAUCGUGGUCAUAUGAUAACGACCACUUUGCGGCGUGGUGCGAGGGCCGGACAGGCUUCCCGAUUGUUGAUGCCGCUAUGCGACAGAUGAAUACGAUAGGUUAUAUGCACAACCGAUGCCGCAUGAUCGUCGCUUCAUUUCUCGCAAAGGACCUUUUGUUAGAUUGGCGAAAAGGCGAGAAAUACUUUAUGGAGCAUCUCGUUGACGGCGACUUUGCCUCGAACAACGGCGGCUGGGGUUUCAGUGCCAGCGUCGGUGUCGACCCUCAACCAUACUUCCGUAUCUUCAAUCCUUUGCUACAGAGCGAGAAGUUUGAUCCCGACGGCGAUUACAUCCGCAAGUGGGUCCCUGAGCUGAAAGACCUUGACAGUAAGGCGAUUCAUGAUCCGUAUAAUCGAAAGGCCGGUCCUCAAGCCAAGAAGAAGGGAUACCCUGCACCUAUCGUCACACACAAGGAUUGUCGGGAGCGAGCAUUGGCGGCCUACAAAGAGGGACUCGCUAUUGAUGAGUAA